GGCGGCCCGGCUAUGUGACAAGGUUCGGUUUUCCCCGCAGCCUCGGAGCGGAUUUUAGAGUCAGAGUUUCGGUGAUGCGUUGACACCGAGGCCUGAUCCGAGGCGUACGUUUAAAGGCCCAGGCCCCACUGGUGUGCAUUCCCGAGCGGUUAUACGAGCAAGCAGACACCCCACCACCACCGCUACCACCAUCAUCAUCACCACCACCACCUCCUCCACCACCAACGAACGAACUUUACUCGACAGCUCCAGCCAAAUACCACAUUCAAUCUUCGACUUCAUCAUAAACACAGAAUUGACGAUAUGGCCUCACCACUUUUCAACACAAUAGACGAGACCAUCGCCGCCUUCGCCGCCGGCAAUUUCAUCGUAGUCCUCGACUCCGCCGACCGCGAGAAUGAAGGCGACCUUCUCAUAGCCGCGGAAGACCUGACGACAGAGAAGAUGGCGUUUAUGGUCCGCUGGACGAGCGGCCUGAUCUGCACCCCGCUCUCCCCCGCCCUCAUCACCAAGUACAGCCUCCAACAGAUGGUCGUAAACAACCAAGAGCCGCACGCGACCGCGUUCACCGUGAGCGUCGAUGCGCGGGACCCGACCAUCAGCACCGGCAUAUCCGCAUACGACCGCGCGCUCACCGCAAGGAAGCUGGCGGAUCCCAACGCUACCGCGGCGGAUUUCAGGAGUCCCGGACACAUGUUUCCGCUGCGCGCGGUCGAUGGCGGAGUGAGGGAGCGGAGGGGUCAUACUGAGGCUGCGGUCGAGUUUGCGAGAUUGUCAGGGAAGAACCAGGCUGUUUCGAUAUGUGAGCUCGUGAAGGAGGAUGAUGGGCUGAUGAUGAGGCGGGAUGAAUGCCUGGAGUUUGGUAAGAGGUGGGGGCUCAAGGUGUGUACCAUUGAGCAACUGGUGGAGUACAUAGAGAAGAAGGAGGGAAAAUAGGCGGUGUUUCUGUGCAUUGGACGAGAGUUUUGUAGAUAUAAACCGAUCUCUUGUUUUGCUGGGGUUUGUUUUGAUAUGGAAUGCACGAGGUAGACUCGAUUACGCACUCCCCUCCGUGUUAUAUGGUACG